UGUUGGCUAUUGAUUUUCAAUUGGUCGUAUUCGUAAUCUCGCAACAGCCAAACACUUCCCUCAACAAGACUUCCCUCUCUUGUUGACUUCCACCAAAUCAUCAAGCACAAGCAUCAAAGAGUUGUUUUUGUGACGUAACGAAAACAGGCUGCUUUCGAAUUUCGAACAGAAAGAUAGUUUUUGACUGUAGUACGCCCUUUCAACCGCUAGUUGGCGCAAACGACGUAGGCCUCCUUGCCACGAACACGAAGAUCUUGUUGACGAAGAUCGCCGUGAAGGCCCGAAGGGACGCUAUAUAAAACUGUUUUUGAUUUCGAUUCAUUGUUCCGCUGUAUGUUGUCCGCUGCCCAAAUGCCAUAUCGUCUGAAGUCUGAAGAUGAUCAGGUGCACAGAAAAACUUUAUUCAAGAUCAAGGGCACCUUUCACAGCCAAGAUGAGAAAAGGAAAUAUUUCCUUGAAGAGCAGAAAAGAAAGAGAAAUGCAGUCCUUGACUCGGCACGAGUUGGCUUGCUGCUGGACACACCCCAAAAAAUCACAGAUGACGAUUUCAUACUGAAACAUCUUUCAAAGAAGAAAUAUGGUAAAAUGCUUAUGCUCUCUGAAUGGAUGGAAGAAGUUCCCCAAGAUUUGGAGGAAAAGUGGCUGUGUGUACCUUGUCCAAUUGGCAAGCGCUGCAUUGUAAUAUCUGAAAAGAGCGCUUGCUAUGCUUACUCCACGACUGGAAAAUAUUUGUUCAAGAACAGGUCUUUAUUGAAGGAGGGACGGGUUGGACGAACAAUAUUGGACUGUAUCUUUAGCAGAACCAACAACACAAUUUACGUUUUAGACGUUCUUUUGUGGGCAGAUUAUUCCCUUCUUGAUUGUGAGACAGAGUUUCGAUUUUACUGGCUGACGGCAAAGUUUGAAGAAAACAUGUUCUUGGUAGAUGGUGGUAGCAAAGAAAAUUGCAAAUUUGUUCCAUUGCAAAGUGUACCAGCAUCAUCAGAAGGAAUUCAACUAAUUUUGGACAGCAAAAAAUUUCCAGACAAAUUGGAUGGAGUUCUUUUUUUCCACAAAGAGUCUCAUUACACAGCAGGUGUUAGCCCGCUAGUUGUGUGGCUCUUGCCAUUUAUGGUACCCGAGGUUUUGGGAUUGAGUGUGGAUGAAGAGUUUGCCCAACAGCCAGAAAAUUACCCUGGCCACCUUGAGUACGUUGCCAACUAUGAUAAUAUGAGGAAAGAGCUAAGAAAGCAGAGAGCUGCUGAACGAGCUGCCAGAAGGACACCUGAAAUGGACACCUCUGAAUGUUUUGGUCAAAAUCAUAAACCCAUAGAAGAUGAACUCGAGCUGGGUUGAUUUAUUUAUAAAAUUUUAUUCUUUAUAUGUUUUUAAUUUUCAUUGUCUUAACAAUUUUUGUCAAUAAAUACUUUCUAGACAUUUUUAUUUUA